UGUUGACGUAGACUUUAAUCCCAGUAUCGCAACCCACUGAACCAUAACAAUGAGACUUAAUUCACCAUUCAAUGUUAGGCUAUCACUUGCUAUAGUGACGCUUUUCCUUUUCCAUAAGUACCAUGGAAUAGGUAUCACUCAUGUGGUAUGUGCUCCAAUACCCCCUGCACCUACCUCUUCUAAACCGAGUUUGACAUUAUUUCGUAAUCCAUUCGAUAAAGUGAGAUCGCGUUACAAGGAUUUGGUUGCAAUCGCCUCAAGGGUGAAGGCGCCGAAAUUGCCAGACACGGAUGAAGCUGACGCCACCCGUUUAACUUUUGAUGAUAACAGCAGUGAUAAAGCAAUAACACCACCGCCAGGACAGGACGAUCCCGUUACUCCAAAAUCACCAGAUGCUCCGGUGUCACCAGAUAAAGAUCCACAACGUACAAGUUUAGAUGAAGUAUCCGAGAGGAAAUACAUACUCAACAGUAGUUUGAACGUUAGUUGCCCUUCCGGUCAUGUGAUUGGAUUCCUCGAUGCUGUUGCUCAGUGCAUUACAACACCUAGGGUAUUCACCACAUUGGCAUGGGAUCGAUGUGGAUAUCACAACAGUUGUUCCAUUAAGUAUAAACUACUAGGUCCGUGUAGACAACGGUGGAACGUGAAGUUAUUAGAGCAUUUCUGUAUAAAGGUUCAUGCUUUCGAUUGCAUCCUAUUCAAUGCCAUAUCACCAGAUGAUAGAACCUUUUGUUUGCAUACUUGUAUGCACUUUAUGAAGCAAUGUACUGAUUCUAGUAUGCCUCUGACAAGAUUGGAACGACUUAAAUGUGUGGCCAGCUUGUUUAAGACAAAUGUUUUUGAUCAAAGAUGUAGAUAUAUUUUUGAUCAGGUGGACAUGCAUGAUUUACAAUAUGCGGAAGAAUACUUCGAUCCCAAGUAUGAAAUCAACGAAGUGGAAGUUACCAAUGGUACAUGGACUGAAGUGAAGUUUACUAAUCCCAUAGAUAGCCCUAUAAUUUAUACAUCAACUCCUCAGACAGACCACGAUCUAUUGCAUGUCGAAGUCUCAGAUGUGUCUUCAACUGGGUUCUGGAUAACCAGCUAUAUGCUAAGCUGCACUAUCUAUUGCGUUAAAAUACAUAGUGAUGUAAAGCAUACAAUACAAUGGAUUGGUCUUAGCAAAGGUGAUCAUUCUCCAGAUCCAAACAAUAGUAUAAGAGCGGGGGUUGUUAGCUGCAACACAGAUGGACAUGUGAGACUGCCGAUUGAUCCUUUGCGCAAUUGGAUUGUAAUAUUACAGAAUCAGGGUGACACAAACCAUACAAAUGAUAGAGAUAAUGGUCAGACCGCUUCUAUACAUAUUCCAAUACUUGUAAAAGGCAAGAGAAAUUACAGAGUUCAUUUUGUUGUUAACGAAUUGGGGAAAUCAUCGCCCCAAACGAUAAAACUUGGCUAUCUGGCAAUAGAGAAUCGUCGUGAAAUUCGAUUACAUAGGUUGAGAAUAAUGACAUUUGAUGAAAAACCAGAUUUCCGUGGCGUGGCUAAAGUUUCAUUAAGUUUGCCGUAUACGUGGCCUUAUCCUAAGAAUGUUUUUUCUUAUGUCAAAGUAUGUUUGGAAGGGGAGGAACAAGAUGAAAAAAAUCUGCCCUCUGCUUCAUUACGAUUAAAUGUCUUUGGAGAAGCUCCUGCUGUGAGUUCGGAGGCAUUAAAUUAUGAUUUUUCAACUGAUAUUACUAUCGUUGCCAUUUUGGCAACACAUAGGUUACAUAUGACUCGUGUAUUUGGUUUUGUUAUUCAGGAUAUGGGUAGUGCCAUGGCAGAGGAAAUUUGUACAUAUUCACAGAAGAAGGGUUAUCGACAUUUAAGUCGUAGUUGUUACGACAGCUGUCUUAGCGCCGAUGGUAUACAGAGUUGCAUAUACGAUGAUGACUUAAUUGAAUGCUUUCAUAAAAAACGCCCGCAGUGUGUCAUAGAAGCACCUGGCAUGAAUAGCCUGAUCAACCAGUACAUUACAUUUAUGAAAAAACGAGAUAUAGAUUCUGGUAUGAAUAACCCAGGCAAUAAAGAACCAGAGAAUCCAGCUGAUGAUGGGGACGAAUCGAAAACAAAUAAUAGCCCAGCGAAAGUUGACGAUCGUCAUACAGAUUCAUAUUAUGACGGUGAAAUCGUUAUGGAUCGUGAUUGCAUUCCAGGUCCUUGGGGUGAAUGGUCAGCAUGUAGCAACAAAUGUUCAUCGGGAAGACUUGCAACAGUACAGACCCGUCGACGUCCUGUAUAUGCAAACAAGGUCGGUCUGACUUCUUCAUCAUGUUCGACUGUUGAAACCCGGGAAUGUACAAAUGUACCACCGUGUUCUGAGUUUUGUUAUUCUCGUGAAGGAUCAGGCGAUCCUAAUGUAUUCCAGCAGAAAUACUUUUACAUCUGGUCUGAUAAGUGCGUAGAUAUUUACGCUGAUCACGACGUUGAAAAGGAGAAUUUCCAGUUUAUUCCUGGAUCUAAGCAUGAAUCAGCUAUUGUUACGCGUAUGGGAACUACGCAAAAUCGUCCCGGUCUUCCGGAAGCACAGGCCCAAUUUGGUACUACCAACUCUGAUCGAUACGACAAACGUUGUGAAGAUCCUAACAACUGGUCUGCGUGUAAUGCCCCGUGUGCAAAGAAGAUAGACGAUACCAUCACUGAGUACUUACGUGUGCCGAUUGUAUGUUACGACCACCGUCGUCCUUGUAGGCGCAAGCUUCAUGUAUGCCCGACAGAAGAAGAGUUGAAAUCUAAACCCGAUUACAAUACUUGCGUGUUGAAUUACUCAUUUUAUGAUGUUUCUAUAGGAAGUUGGAGUAAGGAUGGAGCCUGUAUGUGUGAAGACGGUGUUGCAUGUUCUGCUGAAGAGGUACAUGUUUUGGGUGAUUCCACUGAGCUCGUUUCUACUGACAAUGAAGGUUACUUAGAACACUUGGUGCGAGCAACUCCUUAUCAGUUGCAUAUAUCAUUGGCCAAUUACCACCGCAUAGAAUUACCAACUGACGUUGUGAGGGAUGUAGCUUACGACCAAUUCAAGCAAGGUGAUAUUGACAAUUAUUGCGCAACUGGUAAUGUUGAGUUAAACAACUUUGCUGAGGAUAUAUUAUGGGUUGACUGUCGUUUGGCUGUGUCAUAUGACUAUCGUCAUGAUUUUCAUUGUCAGGAUCGUUGCAAAAUCAUGCGUAGGACAUGUGAAAUUGAUAUACCAGCGGUCCAUAUAGCCGAAAUUGGUCGCUGUGUAAGUGACCGUAUUCGUCAUUUUCCCACUAAUAUUUUUGUGUUAAAUCACAAAUUCAAUGGAUGUAGUGACCCUUUGACCACUUCAGCUCUCACGGAGGCGGAGAUGUGUGAUAUUGUUGAGAAAAACAUCAAGUUAACACGCCAAUGCACUAUGUUGUGCCGUCGUUUAGUCAAUAUGUGCAAGACAUUGCUGGAGCAUUCCCGUGAGGCCAAGAUUAGACGAUGCAUCUUAGAUCAUGUAAAAUACAAUGACGUUAACAUGAAAGCUGAUCAAAAGGUUGAAUUUGGUUUACACUGUGUCUUUAAGCGUACCAAGCUGAUGGGUGCUGGUUUAGUGUAUUGUAAGAAGCGCAAAUUAAUUUGUGAUACUGAACCUUGGAGUCAAUGGAGUCUCUGUUCUCAAACAUGCAUUUACGUUAGGGACGGCAGAGUAUUUAUGCCCAGCAGGACGCGUACGCGGCGUUUAAAGGUAACUAACGGGGUUAACAUUGAUGAGUGUAUCUCAAAGGGCGUUGUUUUGAAAGAGACUGUAGAUUGUCUUUGGCUACCCCAAUGUCCUGAUGACCCUGCGAUUCGUAAAGAGAUUUCAACUCAUCGUUCACAUUUGGCUCGUGAACAGGUGAUAGAGAGUACUUGGGACCUACAGGGAUGGGUUCUGAACGAUUCACGUCAGGGUGAGAGCAGUGUAGACCAUCACUGCACUCUUUACAGUGGCCAGCGUGAUGUUACUAAAAACAACAUUAUCUAUCAGAAAAGCAGUUGCUCAUGUCCAACAAAUACAACCCCGUGUUCUGUAAUGGAAUCUGUACAUUCGUUUGGGUGGUUUGACAUGUUGCAGUUGUUGUGCCGGGAAAACGAGAUGCGUUCUGUAUUGUUCAAUCAACCCACGGGUUUCUAUCGUUACAGUUGUCUGACACGCAGUUUUUUGCGCCAAGACUUUGACGCACACAAUGAAUUGUGUAACGAGGGAGGUAACACUUCUUUUGUCAGUUGCUACGGUGUACCUAAAAGCAGGAGUUUGUACAUUUUCACGGUACUUUCUGCUGUAUUAGGUGGUCUCACGUCGACGAUCAUCUUUGUGUACACGUACAAACGUUCAUCUUUUGUAUGACUCAGAUGUUUGGUGCUACUCUUUGGACUCAUGACGUAACAUGAAGGCACAUCAAUGGC